AUGGCUCGUGAUGACAUGGGUCCGCCAGCCAAAAGGCGCAAAGACGACUCUCACCUUCCACACCAGAUACGAGAUGCCAGGCGCAAGGAAAAUGACGACUGGGAAACGAACCGCAUGCUCACAUCGGGUAUCGCGCAGAGACGGAACAUGGAGAGUGACUUUAUGCCAGAUGAUGAAGAGGCGACCCGAGUGCAUCUGCUAGUCCAUGAUCUUCGACCACCAUUCCUCGAUGGCCGUACUAUUUUCACCCAGCAGCUUGAUCCGAUCUCCGCGAUUCGAGACCCGCAGAGCGACAUGGCAGUGUUUAGUCGGAAGGGUAGCAAGGUCGUUCGAGAACGCCGACAACAGCGCGAGCGGCAAAAACAGGCCCAGGAAGCUACGAACAUGGCCGGCACAGCCCUGGGAAACUUGAUGGGUGUUAAGGAAGACGAGGGUGAUAGUGCUGUUGCCAUGCCCGUGGAGGAUGUGUACAAAAGCGGAGGAAACAAAUUCGCGAAACAUUUGAAGAAAGAGGAGGGAGGUGCUAGCUCGUUUAGCAGAAGCAAGACCUUGCGCGAACAACGGGAGUUUCUCCCCGCGUUUGCAGUGCGCGAGGACCUCUUGCGAGUCAUUCGGGACAACCAAGUUGUGAUUGUGGUCGGUGAAACUGGGUCUGGAAAGACGACCCAGUUAACACAAUUCCUUCAUGAGGACGGUUACUCCAAGUUUGGCAUGAUCGGGUGUACACAGCCUCGCCGUGUGGCGGCCAUGAGUGUCGCAAAGCGUGUCAGCGAGGAAAUGGAAGUGGACCUUGGUGGACUCGUUGGAUACGCCAUUCGCUUCGAGGACUGCACCAGUGAUCAAACAAAGAUCAAAUAUAUGACGGACGGUGUACUUCUACGAGAAUCUCUGACACAAUCUGAUCUUGACAAAUACUCGUGCAUUAUCAUGGACGAGGCGCACGAGCGUGCUUUGAACACUGAUGUUUUGAUGGGACUUUUGAAAAAAGUACUGGCUCGGCGCAGAGACCUUAAAUUGAUUGUGACAUCUGCCACUAUGAAUGCAGAACGAUUUUCACGUUUCUACGGGGGAGCUCCUGAGUUUAUUAUCCCUGGCCGAACUUUCCCAGUGGAUACCCACUUUUCACGCACACCGUGUGAGGAUUAUGUGGAUAGUGCAGUCAAGCAGGUCUUGGCCAUCCAUGUUUCCCAAGGACAAGGUGAUAUUUUGGUUUUCAUGACCGGACAAGAGGACAUUGAAGCCACAUGUGAGCUUGUCGAUGAGCGGUUGAAGCUAUUGAACGAUCCUGCGCCGCUCAGUAUUCUGCCUAUAUACAGUCAGAUGCCAGCAGAGCAACAAGCAAGAAUUUUCGAAAGAGCGGAGGCAGGAGUUCGGAAAGUGAUUGUUGCCACAAACAUUGCGGAGACUAGUUUAACAGUCGACGGCAUCAUGUUUGUGGUGGAUUCGGGAUACUCCAAGCUCAAGGUAUACAAUCCGCGCAUGGGUAUGGACACCUUGCAGAUCACACCAAUUUCUCAGGCCAAUGCCAACCAACGAUCUGGACGAGCUGGGCGAACAGGCCCAGGAAAGGCUUAUCGUCUGUACACUGAAACAGCCUACAAGAACGAGCUCUACAUCGCAACGAUUCCCGAAAUCCAACGCACAAGUCUUUCUAACACUGUGCUGCUGUUGAAAUCACUAGGAGUCAAAGACCUCCUAGACUUUAACUUCAUGGAUCCCCCACCACAAGAAACAAUCUCUACUUCCCUGUUCGAGCUCUGGUCGCUUGGAGCUCUGGACAACCUGGGCGACCUGACCCAUUUAGGUCGUCGGAUGACGCCGUUCCCUAUGGACCCUCCUCUUGCCAAGCUUCUCAUCAUGUCUUCAGAAGAGUACGGUUGCAGUGAAGAAAUGCUGACCAUCGUCUCCAUGCUUUCGGUCCCGAAUGUCUUCUAUCGUCCAAAAGAGCGACAAGAGGAGUCUGACUCCGCCCGUGAGAAGUUCUUCGUGCCAGAAUCAGACCAUCUUACUCUGCUUCACGUCUAUACACAGUGGAAGUCCAAUGGCUUCUCUGAUGGAUGGUGUACCAGGCACUUCCUCCACGGGAAAACACUCCGACGUGCGAAGGAAGUCCGCGAUCAAUUGCACGAUAUCAUGACACAGCAAAAGAUGGCUCUGGUCAGUUGCGGUACAGAUUGGGAUGUCAUUCGAAAGUGCAUCUGUUCAGGCUUCUACCACCAGGCCGCGCGCGUGAAGGGAAUUGGCGAGUUUAUCAACCUGCGUACUAGCGUGACCAUGGCGUUGCACCCGACGAGCGCUCUUUAUGGCCUUGGUUACGUGCCAGAAUACGUCGUCUACCAUGAGUUGAUCUUGACCGCCAAAGAGUAUAUGUCUACCGUUACAGCUGUAGACCCACAUUGGCUUGCCGAACUCGGUGGUGUCUUCUACUCUGUCAAGGAAAAGGGUUACUCUCAGCGUGACCGACGUGUCACGGAACUGGAGUUCAACAAGCGCAUGGAAAUCGAAGAACAGAUGGCCAAGGAUCGUGAGCGCGCCGCAACCGAAAAGAAGCGCGAGGAAGAGCGCAAUGAUCCAACUCGACGCAGGGGAGAGAUCGAAGUUGGUGGAAAAUCCGCAGUUCGACGUCCCGUCGUCAAGAAGCCUGGAAAGGUCGGAGGUAUUACUUCCUCUUCAUCGUCUCGGCCUGGCGCCAAUGGUGGAGGCUCAGGGGGCAGUGUUGUCAAGAAGCCUCAGAUCCCCAGAAGACCAGGGCGGACCUUUUAA